AUGUCAUCAUGGGUUGCCGUAGACGACAAUCCAAGUAUGGAGUACAGCUCCUCGUGCGUCAGGGUGUCAUCCUUUGGAAGUCUUAUGCACUUUGGGCUUGAAAAUAAGCCGGCAGGUGCAGGCAGCAGGUGUGUGGACUGCCAGGUGGAGAACACCUGUCCUUUUUCGGCCAAGAAGAUCUACCUAGAGAGGGUGAAACAGGGCCUGACAGACUUCCCAGUCAGUGCGGUGUGUCCUCAGGAGCCGGUGGAUGUAGAGAAUCUGACCGAGGCGCUGAGAACUGGGCCGUACGGACGCUGUGUGUACGAGUGUGACAACGACGUUGUCUCCAAUCAGGUGGUGAACUUCCAGUUCGAUGGUGGCCAAACGGUUUCCUUCGACAUGGUGGGCUUCACACAGGAGGUCUGUGAGCGACAGACCAGGAUCUCAGGCACCAAGGGAGAGCUGCGCUGGUCCAGUCCCGGUCCCGUGUAUGUGUUUGACUUCCUGACUCAGACAUCCACGGAACAUCCCUGUGCAGCAGCGCCCCCUAACAAGAUGCGUGAAAUGCAUGGCGGUGAUUACUUCCUGAUGGAUGCUUUUGUCAAGGCUGUUGAAAACGGUGACCGAUCCUGCGUACUGACCGAACCACAGGAGACUCUGCAGAGCCACCAGCUGGUGUUUGCUGCUGAGCAGGCUCGUUUGCAGGACAGGGUCAUUACCAUAAACCCUGAUGGUUCCCAUAACUAA